UGCAAAGAUGAAGGCUUUUUUCCUGCUGCCCCUCCUUGCCUGCGUCCUCCACACAGGACAGGGCAUGAUUUAUCAGCGCUGUGAGCUGGCUCGAGUGCUCCAGGAAAAGGGAUUAGACGGCUACGCUGGCUACGGCCUGGCCAACUGGGUGUGCAUGGCUUUCCAUGAGAGCAGCUUCAACACUGAUGCCACACACUACGACAGUGACGGCAGCACGGACUUCGGCAUCUUUCAGAUCAACAGCCGUUACUGGUGCCAAUUUGGCUCUGAACGAAGUUCCAACAUCUGUGGGAUUCAAUGCACUGAACUGCUGACAAAUGACAUCUCCGCAGAUGUGGCUUGCGCUAAGAUUGUGGUCACUGACUCUGCAGAUGGAAUGGGAGCCUGGGUGGCAUGGAGGGCAUAUUGUCAAGGUCGGGAUCUGUCUCAGUAUUUAGAAGGCUGUUACCUGUAAAGAAACACCCCAUGGAGCUGUUGGAGAUCCAAGGAAACAGACCCGCUUCUCUCCUGCUGCCAAGCAAGAUGUGUCUCUGCUCAUGCCCAGAAAUAAAUAGUAAGCCAUUUUAGGGCCAAGCUACAAGUGACGAAUGACACUUGCCUGGCAAGUGAACAGACUCGCGUGUAUUCCUCCCUGUUCACUUGCCAUUCACUUGCACUCCACUUGAUCACAUAGUGCCAGGCAAGUGUCAUUUGUCACUUGUAGCUUGGCCCUUAGUCUUCAGUUUUACAAUCUUGUUUCAGCCCUUAGAGGUACUGUGCUUUCUUUCCCAAGAUAGGAGCACUUUGAAAGAGAAACAGCCAACCUCAACUACUUCGCAGGUUUAUUGUGAAGAUAAAACAGAGGAAGGGAGAACCGUUUAUACCAUCCUGCGCAUGUACUAGACUGCAAUGCGAAACCGAUCAUACGCAGACAAUUUUAAUUAACUGUUUAGGCUUGCCAGCCCCCCCCCCACACACACACACACCUCUUACCUAGCCAGCAGGGUAGAGAAAGGUGCGGAAAUGCAGUGAUGGGGGGCAAAGCAUGCUCUCAUAUGCUCUGGAGCGCCCUCGCACAUGACAAUGUUGUGCUAGGAAUUAUGUCAUGCUUCCUAAAUAAUGGGUUGCGCCGGGUGCCGAUUGAGUGAAAAUCAGCCCCCAAUUUCAAUCAGUUGGCCCCCUGGCAUGACCCACUACUUCUGAGUCAUUCCUGGCAUGCCACAGGGAGCUUUGGCACAUGCACACACGUUGCAUACGUGCAAGAUAAGUCCCCCCACGCAACACCCCCACGUACUUCCAUCCCGCUGUUUGAUCCGGCAACUCUAACCCAAGUGGAUCCCAAACAUGUUGGGCAGACAAAACUGGAGAGCAAAUUCCUCUUCCGAAGAACUGGAAUUAAUUCACCUGGGAAUAUCUGCUUCUUGCCCCAUUACUUUCAUCUCACGAGCUUUGGGACAGACUUCUCUUAGCUCGACAACAGCCACCUAAAUUAAUCAUCUCCCAUGUUUCCUUCAAUAUGAGGCCCACUGCUCAGUAGACAACCCCUUGUAAUUGUCUAUGGGGCUAACUCCCUUUCCAGAUGCAAGGGCUAAUUCAAAGGCUGGUGGGAAUUGAUUCCUCAACCCCAGUCAAAAAAUUAGGGCUCUCGAUUCCUCCCCUGAAGUAAGUGUACAUGUAAAAUUGCAGGGUUGUUAUCUCUGUGGGAUGAAGCACACAAUUCCAUUAGCCAACUCACAAGAGAUCACUCUACAACCUUGUACUCUGUGGAAUUAAUCUCUGGAACAACUGUUAUAUUCACAAUAUAUGAUAAGAGUUUUCGAUUUUCAUUUAUACACCACCUUUCUCCCCAAGCAGCUUACACCAUUCUCCUCUGCUCCAUGUUUCCCUCACAACAGACCUUGUGAGGUAGGUUAGACUGAGAGAGUGUGACAGGCCCAAGGUCAUCUAGCGAGCUUCUGUGGCAGAGCGGGGAACCGAACAUGGGUCGCCCAGAUCCUAAUCCGUCACUCUAGCUACCAAUCAUUCUUUACAACUCUGAUGGAGGAUUCUAAGAAGUAACUAUUCUGUGAUAAAGGUUCUUUUCAUUUAUGGUGUCCUGGAAAUAAUGAGAUUGAAAGACCCUAGAAAUGCUUGUUAGUAUAAAUGGAAUUUAAUAAUGGGGGGAGGGGAAAUCCUAGAAUAUACAUUUAACUCUCUCUUUCUUGAAAGAGCUCAAAUGUUGUACUUGGUUCUUCCUUAAUUCUUCACAACAACCUUGUGAGGUGGACUUAGAGUCAAUGGCUAGCCCAGGGUAACUCAGCAAGAUUUGUGACUAAGUUGGGCUGAGUUAGGGUUGCCAACCUCCAGGCAAUUACUACUGAGAUCAGUUCCCCUAGAGAAAAUGGUGGCUUUGGAGGGUGGACUCUAUGGCAUUAUACCCUGCUGAGGAUCAUCCCCUCACCCAACCCCUCCCUCUCUCAGGCUGCAACCUAUGGUUGCCAGCUACGGGUUGGGAAAUUCCUGGAGAUUUGGGGGGUGGAGCCUGGAAAGGGCAGGGUUUGGGGAGGGGAGAGGCCUAAGAAUGGUAUAAUGCCAUAGAGUUCACCCUCCAAAGCAGCCAUUUUCUCCAGGGGAACUGAUCUCUGUGGCCUGGAGAUCAGUUGUAAUUCCGGGAGAUCUCCAGCCACCACCUGGAGGCUGGCAACCCCACCAACCCCCCAAAAUCUCCAGGAAUUCCCAACCCAGAGUUAGCGCAACCCUAAGGGCCAAGCUACAAGUGACAAAUGACACUUGAGCGGCAAGUGAACAAACUCACUCCACGGCAAGUGGAGCGCAAGUGAACAGGGAGGAAUACAUGUGAGGGCCAAGCUACAAGUAACAAAUGACACUUGAACAGCAAGUGUAUUUCUCCCUGUUCACUUGCCCUCCAAUCAAUCCACUUGCUGUUCAAGUGUCAUUUGUCACUUGUAGCUUGGCCCUGAGUUUGUUCACUUGCUGUUCAAGUGUCUUUCGUCCCUUGUAGCUUGGCCCUCAAUUAAGUAGGAAGUAGAAAGUUCAAAUCUCUACUUGGCCAUAAACUACUGUCUCCCUCAGGGAAAUGCAAGAAAAAUCUAUGAUCAAUUCUUCUGAUGUCUUUAAUUAACUUUGAAAAGGGGAGGGAUUUUAACUGGGACCGCAACCAUGAGAGAGGACUAUUAACCCUUUCAUCUUUUUCAUGCUUUCAUGCUUUCAUCUUUUUCAUGCUUCUUCAGCUUUUUCAUGCUUUGGCAAGAAAUCUCUCCUGUGGCUUUUCCCCAAGAGGAAAAAAGUUGGGUUUCCAAUGUGUUCCGCCCCUCUCAGCUCGAGGCUCAUAGUCGUCUGAGAGGACCUAUUUCUGUAGUGUUCAGGAAAUGCUGCACGGAUAAACAGUUUAAACUGUUACUCUCCUCAACACCUGUUAAUAAGUAUGAUCACAAGAUAAUAUUUGUGAAGUGCUUCGAACACUCUAAGCACAUUGAGCAUCAUGUCACCCUGACAUAAAUGGCCCCGAAGUAUGCUGUCUCUGUUGUGGUGGCCAUAUGUCCUCCUUUUCAAAGUCCUCUUUUUUGAGGCCUGACCUCUGAAAAAUCUUCAGAUUCUGCUUGUAUGAAAAAUCCUUAAACUCACAUUUCAUCCUGUCACGCUCAAAUGGUCACCAAAGAGGUUGCUUUCCUUUCCCUCAAGUUAUCGUUGUGAGUUUGUGGUAAAAUGUUGACAUUUCAGGGAGGAGACAAAGCUCAGGAGAAUGAGGAGAAAAUUGCCAGUCAUUGCAACAGCUGCAGACCUGUGCAUUAGCCUGCUCUCUUUCAAUGCCCGGCAAGUACCAAAGUAUUAGGAGGUUGUUUAUCUCCGCUGUAACAACUGAGGGAAGUGACAGCCCUGACUAGUGAGCCACAGUGUCUUCAGUUUACAUUUAAAUUUGAAGCUGAUGGAACCUGAAAAAAACCCACAGCCAAAAACAAUAACUUCUGAGGUAUUGCUUCUGAGAAGCUAGGCCAAUGCCUGGAGUAAAUUAUUUUCAAUGCACAUCCAGAUUAGAUUACUGUAACAUACUCUGCAUAGGGCUGCCCUUGGAGGUUGAAAAUGUCACACUUUGCACAAUGUGGCCUCAAGUCUCCUUUGUAAAGUAUACAAGAUGGAAGCACAGAGUUGCUAAGCCCUGACCCCCCCCCCCGCCCCAAAGCAUUGAGGGUGGAAACUGCAGAAAUCAGUAUCAUACUGGGCUGCAAUUUCACUUCCAGGUUCAUACAUGGAAGAGACUCCAUGGCAUUGCCUGAUGCUCUAGGAAUGUAUCAAAUCUCUAUGGCUUUUCCCAUAGAGAUCUGGGAAAUUCCUAGAGCGUAGCAUGAUACUGAGCCAUCACUUCUAUGUAGCCUCAUCUUGUUCUGCUCCCACUGCUCUCUUGAGCAGCAACAGGAGCCCAGGGGUCAGGGCGGGCAACCUGGCAAGCCCGAGGAAACAUAGGAAUUCAGUCGCUCUGUCUUUCAAUUUGUUUCUUGUUUCCCAACUUGGAGCUGGCAAGCCUACUCCAGCCAUAUUACAGCUUUCCUUCCCUGUUCCUUUCCAUGCAAUCUGGACAAAACCUGCCUGCACCUUUCCCCUUGUUUAGACACAAUAAAAAGGAUUGCAGCCUUACUUUUACAAAAUGAAAGCUGGAGAUUCAGAAGAUCAUGGCAAGAGAUUAUUAUAAUAUUAUUGCAAUCUAGCAGUUAUGGUUUGGGGUACCCCCGCCCUGCCUUGGAGCUGUUAAAAAGCUGUCCAGUGUCACAGCAGGGAAAAUGGCAGCCUUAAGGUGCCGAUAUGGAACUGGUGUAGGCAGGAUCAUUAAAAAUACACUCCUUCCUGUCCAGUAUGUAAAUGCACUCGAGCUGCAUUCUUUCAAGAAAGAUCAUUGUAAACGAGGUUUGGGAAAGAGAAUUGUGAGGGCCCAGAAAAAUUGGGAAGUGGACUAUUAAAGGACAAUUCCAUAUAGAUUCUCAAAAAUAAAGCACUCCAAUUUGGAAGAAAAGGCUGAGAAAAAUGGCCACGAUGAAGCUGCCAAGAACACACAUUCUAUGUCCCAUGUUAGAAAUAUGACCUCUAUGGAACAUUGCGGAGUUCUGGGUUGGAUCUAGCUACUUCUUCUGCUAGUGAAAAAAGAGGGGUCAUCUUUGAUCAGCAAAAAUACUAUGCUGGGGAUCGUGAGAUCUUCAUGUACAAAAGGUGAGUUUUAUAUGGAGGGGAACUGGGCAAGUUUAAAUGAAAAAGCAGGCUAGAUCCAAGCCCGUAUUUUUAAAAAAAAAUAACAAUGGAAGUCUAAGCAGAGUUACUCCAUUCUAAACCAAUCAAAAUCAAUGGACUGAGACUGGAGUGAACUCUGCUUUGGAUUGCACUGUAAACCUUUGCAAAAAUUUACCUUCAUAUAGUAUAGAAAAUGAUACUCCAAUAAUUCCAAACUGUCAUAAAUAAUAAACAUAUCAGAAGAAAAAUUAUAUAGAAGGAAGGUACCAAUCAGAUCUAGACAAUGCACAAAAGAUCCUUGAUCCUUGACCUUCUGACAUUUUUAACAAAUUAAUUUUCCAUCUAAGGUGGAAAUUAAGCCUUUGUUCUCACGUUUCUUCCACAAUUUAAAUAGCCCCUCUGAAGUUGUAAGUCACUUUUCAAUUGCGAAAAGACACGUUCAAAUUGGGAAGGAAAAGGAGAGUGCAUAUGGUCACUUACUUUUCUGGAAUGGAUCAAAUAAUAACUAGUAUAGAUCAUCACUAGAAAAACAGGAUCUAUGAGACACGCAACCAGAAAAUGGACAAAAAACCCUCAAGGGGUGUGCACCAAAAACAAGUUUAUUCUAGCCCUGUGCAUCUCGAUCUGAAAGGAUUCUCUUCAAGAAUAUUAAGACAGACAAUGGUUUGAACAAAUAAACUUAACAAUUAUAUCUAUCUUCAAAAAUUAGUUUUACUUUACAGUCAAGAGCAAUGCUAGAACCCAAUUAUAUUAUCAAAAAAGAAGGAAAAUACAAACCUCAUUUGUAUAUUGUUUAAAAACUGUGUAAGAAGAAAACUCUGUUUCAUUAUAAAAUUUAAAAAUGAUGGGAGGCACAAAAAGAAUCAUAAUUUGGAGACAAUAAAAAGGAAAUAGAUGCAGAGGGGUUAGCUGUGUUAGUCUGUAGUAGCAAAAUCAAAAAGAGUCCAGUAGCACCUUUAAGAC